AUGGACCUGAAACUGCUAGCGGAUGGAGCCCGCGACUACCAACCACUCGCGAACGCGCAUCAGAGGAAACCCCAUUCCUGCACCCCACGACUAUCUCUUUUGGGCUCUGCUCUGACCCCUCUUUUCUCGAAACAACGGCCGAAGUGGCUGCCGUCGCCGGGCAUCCCACCGAGCCACAUCACCGUGCAGUUACCGGUUGAGCCGUAUCAUCUGCAACUCGCAUCCCGCAUGCUUUCAGCCCGUGGGAAGUCAACCAUGCGGUGA